ACCAGACUGGCCUUGAACUCACAGAGCUCUGACUACCUCUGCCUCGCAAGUGCUAUACAAAGAUCAUGGAAAACACCCAGGUUAUUAACUGGGAUGCUGACGAAGAGGAGGAGACAGAAGUAUCCAGUGGGCCCUUGGGGUAUAGCUUGGAGCCUAUAGGGCGGCUACGUCUCUUCAGUAGUGCUCAUGGACCAGAAAGAGAUUUCCCACUCUACCUUGGCAAGAAUGUAAUUGGCCGAAGCCCUGACUGCUCUGUGGCCCUGCCUUUUCCGUCCAUCUCUAAACAGCAUGCAGUGAUUGAAAUCUCAGCUUGCAACAAAGCUCCUAUCCUCCAGGAUUGUGGGAGCCUCAAUGGCACUCAACUCGUAAAGCCCCCUAAGGUCCUGGCCCCUGGAGUAAGCCAUCGUCUGAGGGACCGGGAAUUAAUUCUGUUUGCAGACUUUCCCUGCCAGUACCAUCGCUUGGAUGUCCCUCCACCUUUGGUCUCUCGGGGACUUCUAACUAUAGAGAAGACUCCCAGAUUACAGGGAGGAUCCCAAACCUCUAGAGUUUUGUUGGCUGAGGAUUCAGAGGAGGAAAUGGAUUUUCUGUCAGAUAGGUGUGUGGCAAAUGGAUCAAGGAAUGCAACGUCCCCCUCAGCAACAGUAGUUCCAGAAAGUGAUGAGGAGGGGUCUUCCCCAGCCCCGAGUGUCCCCGGCCCGUCUCUGCCCUUGGACUUGGGCAGUGACACAGAUGAAGAACAAGGUGAGCAAACGGCAGUCGGGGGGUCCUCUUCCGCAGCCAGGAAUGGCAUCCAGCUGGUACAGGCUCAGCCUGCUGAGCAGAAGUUCAAGGACCCAAAAGUCACGAGUGGAGCGGCUUUGGCUGGGCUGGUUGUGGAGAAGAGCCCCACUCCUGGGGAGGACAGUGAUACAGAUGUGGAUGAAGAGCACCAGCCUUCUGUGGACAGUGAUACAGAUAUGGAGGAAGAGAGGAUCCCUGUGACCCCACCUGUAGUUCCUGGGAAGAAGAAGAAGAAGCAGCAGCAGCGAGUCCUGCUUGGAGUUGGUACAAAGGAUCCUGGAGCACCUGAAGCGGCACAACUGCAGGACAGCCCAGCCGGUAGUGACACAGAUGUGGAGGAGGGCAAGGUGCCACUGACUGUCCCUCAAGAGAGAAACCACACAUCCAUGGUGAUCGACAGCGAUACAGAUGAGGAGGACGAAGUCUCCUCAGCAUUCACCUUGGCCCAUCUGAAAGAGAGAGGAAUUACUUUGUGGAGCAGAGACCCAGGCGUGGAAGAGGUCAAGUCCCAACCACAGGUCCUUGUAGAACGAAGCCAGAGUGCCUCUGGGAGAGACAGUGACACUGACGUGGAGGAGGGAAGGAGAGAGGUGGUCCCUGACAGCCCCAUGGACCUAGAAGAAGCUCCUGUCACACAUUCAGAGAGCCAACCUCCCCAUAGACCCGGUGAUGUAGAUGAGGAUGUGGAUAUGAGUUCCCCUGGUGGCCAUCUAGAGGGAAAUCAGGCCUCCUCUGCCACAAUAGACAACAAUGGUGCACAAGAGGAGGAGGAAAUCCUGCCAGAGCCAGCUGUUACCCUGGGGGAGAAGCACCAGCUGCCUCCAGAGGAAGCCCAGCCUCCCGAGGACGGGGAAACAGCUGUGGAGGAAGGCUCAUCUUCAGCAGUGGCAGAUGCAAGAAAGAGCCAGCAGCCAGUAGCAGAAGAUACUGGGACAGAGUCAGCUGCAGCUGGUUCUGAGCAGGAGGGCACUCUGGAGGUGGGGGCCCAAAGCAGGCCACCUGCUACACCGGUGGAGCAGGUGAUGGUGUGUACAGGUACUCCAGGGGGUCCCACCCAGCCACAGAGGGAGGAAGCCCAGACCCCCACAGGAACGGAGAAAGGAGCACAAAUGGACAGGACCCAGAAUGCCAAAGGCUGUUGUGAUGAAUCUGAAGAUCUGUGCCUUCCAGCUACCCAGUGCUUUGUAAAAAGGGAGAGCCAGAGCUCAGAAGCUGUCCAGAGUUUGGAAGAUGAGCCUACCCAGGUCUUCUCAUGUAUUCUUCCCCAAGAGCCUGGACCUUCCCAUGUUAGUCUUCAGACUCCAGGUCCUGGUGCCCUGGAUGUGCCUUGGGAAGUCUUAGCUACACAGCCGUUUUGUCUGAGAGAACCUGAGGCCUCUGAACCCCGGCUCAUUGCCACCCACCUCGAAGCUCCAGGAUCCAGUCCAUCUCCAACUAGUGCACCACCAGGACACCAGCAUCUGGUUCCCAAGGAGCGUUUGGGACUUGAAGGCAGAGAGAUACAGACUGUGGAGAAAGCCAUGGGUAUACCAAAGGAAACAGCAGAUAGGGUGACCUCUGAGAGAGAGCCGCUGGGAAGGACACCAAACAGUGGGAGAGAAGACGUGAUGGAGGAAGAAGAGCUAACUCAGGGGAAAGAGGACAGAGAGCCAGAGAAGGUGUUAGCUAGAGACAGACAGGGACAAGAGUCUGGCAAGGUGAAGGGUAGGGAUUGUGAAGGGAGUGGAGAGAGUUCGAAGGUAGAAACGGAGAUGUCCAAAGACACACAGAAGAGAGAGAGAGAAGUAGGGAACCCUGAACCAGAGAGCGAGUGGGAACCUGCUGGUUUAGAAGUGACCCUUGAUAGAGGGUCAACAGAGGGAGGAAGCCAUGAUCAGACAGAGCAGAUUGCUGAUUUAGGCAUGGGGGACCUUGAGGAACUUGCAUCAGCCCUGGUAGUCUCUGGGAGCCGGGGAGAUGGAGGAAAGGGAGACCCUGUGAGCCCCGGGAGGCAGCAGAGAGGCCACUUGAGUUUCGAGAUGGCAUCUGCUGAAAAGGCUUCCAAGGGUGAUCCAGAACCCCCAGCCCAUUGCCUGCUUUCUUCGGUGCCUGAAGCUUCAGCUCCACCUCAAAGUCUCUUCACCUCUCAGAGCCAAAAGCAAUCUACACCUCAGCCUCUGUUUUUGACGUCUUCCCCUUCUGAGAUACAGCUUCCUGGGACUCUUCAUACAAAGCCUAAUGUCAGGCCACGGCGGUCUUCCAGGAUGACUUCCUCCCCACAUUCCUCUGCUGCCCCUAGACCAGCAUCUCGAACCACUCGGGGCAGGGCAAAUAGGUCCUCUACCAGGACCCCAGAACCAACUAUCCCUACAGACUCCGAACUUCAGCCUCCUACCUCCACAGAACAGCCUGUCAUCCCCAAACCCCCCUCUCAGGGCACUCAGGGCAGCACAAAUAGUUCCUUUGUUAACACACCUGAACCAGUUGUUCUCACAGGUCCCGAAAUCCAGCCACCCACCUCCACAGAACAGCCUGUUAACCCAAAUUCCACACCUCGGGCUACUCGGAGCAGGCCAAGUAGGUCUUCCAUCAAGACCCCAGAACCACUUAUUCCCGUUGGCUCUGAACUGCAGCCUCUCACCUCCACAGAACAACCUGUCAUACCUAAACCCACAUCUCCGGCCACUCGGGGCAGGCCACGUAAGUCUUCUGUCAGGACCCCAGAACCAAUUGUCCCCACUGGUCCUGAACUCCAGCCACCCACCUCCACAGAACAGCCUGUUAACCCUAAACCCACAUCUCAGUCCUCUCGGGGCAGGUCAAGUAAGUCUGUCAGGACCCCAGAACCAACUGUCCCCACUGGCCAUGAACUCCAGCCACCCACCUCCACAGAACAGCCUGUCACCCCUGAGCCCUCGUCUCAGGGCAGGACACACAGGUCUUCCGUCAGAACUCCUGAGGCAAGCAUUCCCACAACCUCUGAACUCCAGUCGUUCACCUCUAGAGAACAGCCUGCUCACAAGCCCACAGCUCUGAGCACUCGGGGAAGGAGAUGUAAGGCCUCCAAUGAGGGUUCUGAAUCAGUUGGACCAGUAGCCCCUGAUUUUGGGCCUCCCAUCUCCAAAGACCAUCUUGUUACCCCUGAGAUGACAGGUCAGAGCAUGACACUAAAGUCUUCACCACUAAGUGCUCCCCCAGUUUCCACUACCCCUAAACUCCAGCCUCCUGUCCCCACAGCCCAGCCUGUUCCCCUGGAGCCUAUUCCUCAAGCUAGUCACCGAAGGAGGCGGAAGGCUGCUGGGAAACAGGGCUCCCACACAGUUCCCAUUGGCCACGAGCCUUACUCGGCAUCCUCUGAACCUGAGUCCCAAUCUUCAACAGGCCAAGGCUCGGGGGCAUUAGAAACAGCUGAGUCGAUUACAGUCACUCCUGAGCCCGCUGUUCCCCAGGUUCCGGAGACCCCCACUCACAGUCCUCUGAUGCAAAAUGAAGCAGCUGGGAGACUAGGGCCCAUUCCCAAGCCCCAGCCUGAGGCUUCUCGAGUCCGCAAGAAGCCUUCCACUACCACAGACUCACCAGUUCAAAAGCGUUCCCGAAGACAAGUUCCCCAGAAGACCACAGAACCCAAGGAAGAAGAUCUUGCAGAAAUUCAAGUGAAGGAAGAGUCUCAGGAGAGAGCAAUUCCAACACCAGACAAGAGAAAGAGGCACCGUGCAGAAGACGAGACCCAAGGAAACCCAAGUCGAAGCCGGCGGGCUAAGCCUAACCAAGAAGUGGCAGCCCCCAAGGUACUGUUCACAGGCGUCGUGGAUUCUCGUGGGGAGCGUGCAGUCCUGGCUCUGGGAGGCAGUCUGGCCAGCUCAGUAAAUGAGGCCUCCCACUUGGUCACUGAUCGCAUCCGCAGGACAGUCAAGUUCUUGUGUGCCCUGGGGAAAGGGAUCCCCAUCCUCUCCCUGAACUGGCUGUAUCAGUCCAGAAAGGCAGGUUGCUUCUUGCCGCCGGAUGACUACUUGGUGACUGAUCCUGAACAAGAGAAGAAUUUUAGCUUCAGCCUUCGGGACGCCCUGAGCCGGGCUCGGGAGCGAAGACUGCUGGAGGGCUACGAGAUUCAUGUGACCCCUGGAGUGCAGCCACCCCCGCCUCAGAUGGGAGAGAUCAUCAGCUGCUGUGGAGGCACAGUCCUGCCCAGCAUGCCCCAUUCCUAUAAGCCUCAUCGAGUUGUCAUAACUUGCACUGAAGACCUUCCUCGAUGUGCUGUUCCAUCUCGCCUGGGACUACCUCUCCUCUCCUCUGAGUUCCUCCUGACAGGAGUGCUGAAGCAGGAAGCCACCCCAGAGGCCUUUGUCCUCUCCAAUCUGGAAAUGUCAUCUACCUAAAAAGAAAAAAAAAAAUCUACCAGCUAACACUCGUAGAAAAAGGAACACACACACACACACACACACACACACACACACACACACACACACACAAUCAAGACUCGACAAGGUUGUCACACCUUUAGUCUCAGCACUUGGGAGGCAGAGAUAGGCAGAUUUUUCUGAGUUCCAGACGAGCCAGGGCUACAUAAUGAGAUCCUGUCUCAAAAACCAAAAGAAAAAGAAAGGUCAGGGUUUCACAAAGGCCUAAGAUGCAUUGAUGUAACUGCUUUGGGAAUGUGGGUACGACAAGAAUUUUUGAGAAAAAGAAGAAAAGGGGCUUUUUUCCCUACGAUGUCCAUUUUAAAUUGGCCAACCCAGGCUGGGGUGUAGUUGUGUGGCAGAGAGAACGCUUGCCGUCAGUGGUCCGUAGCUGCACUGAUGAAGCUGUGGUCCAGACCCCGCACCCUGGUCUUGCUCCCUUCUUGGGAGUUACCACUUCCCCUUAUCUUGCCGGGAUUCUUACUCAAAGUGAACCAGCUCCCAGGAAUACCUGGCUGAGAAGAUGAGGGUGGCUCAUAUGUUUUCUGGUCUGUGACUCACUGGUUAGAAAGGGCUUUUAGUUUUGCUGCACAUGGCCUGCUUUUCCAGUGUUUGCUGUUAGCUUUGGUCAUGGCUGUGGUAGGUCAGUGCUCACUCAGUCCGCCUGAUGGUGAAUUUCGAACUUGCACUCAUUUAUCAGUACCAAUUUAGAGUGAAUUAUAUUUGUUUUUAAAAGUUGGUCACUUUCCAGGAUGUAGGACUCGUAGGUACUACCGGUAUUUGGUUUGGCCUCUGCAGUAAAUAGUGGGGAAGUUCCUUUAAAGUUGAGUGCAAAGCUAGUCAUGGAGGCAUUUCCCAUAGUUCCAGUACUUAGGAGGCUGCAGCAGGAAGGUCACAAGUUCCGGUUCAGCCUGGGCUACAGAGUAAAACCCGGUCUUAGAAGAAGAGAAAGAAAAGGGGGGGGGGGGGCUGUUUUUGUAUUUUUUGCAGUUAGCUUUGGUCAUCUCUAUGGUAGGUUAGUACUUAUUUGACCAGCCUGAUUACCAUAUGACCCAGCAAUACUGCUCUACCUCCUCUUGGAAGUUCAGGUAGGGGCAAGUGGGAUCAGCAGUUCAAGGUCAGCUUUGGCUACAUAGCAAACUGGAGGCCAGCCUAAAACUACAAGAGACUCAAAAAUGAAAAACAGGCACUUGAUAAAAAUUUUUUUUUUCUUUAUGCUUGCGAGGUCAUCACUUUGCCACUAAGCCUCAUUCCCAGCCCCUUAUUUUCAUAAUAGCCAAAUACAGAAACAGUGUAGAUGGCCAGGCAGUGGUGGCACACACCUUUAGUCACAGCACUUGGAAGGCAGGGGCAGGUGGAUCUCUGAGUUCGAGGCCAGCCUGGUUUACAGAGCGACUUCCAGGACAGCCAAGGGUGUUACACAGAGAAACCCUGUCUCAACCAAAAAGACUAGAUGUUUGUUCAGCAAGGGUGAACAUGUAAGUAUGCUGUGUGCACCAAAAGGAAUGCUCAGACAGAAGUAAAAACACAAUAUUGGAAGGUGAGUGUCAAGAACACCCUAAGUAAAAGAACCAGACACAAGGACACUUUUGAUUCCACCUGCAUGACCUAUCCAGAAUGGGUGAAUCCACACAGAUAAGAGCGGAUCAGUUCAUCCCAGACUCUUGAGGACAGGGGAGCUGAAAGAGCAAGAGUUGUACAUAGUGCAGAAUAUUAAAUGCUGCUGUGCUAAAUGCCUCUUUGCUAUGUGAAUUUCACUUCAAAUAAAAAUAUAGUUGCUUACUUUGUA